GGCCGCUGCGCGAUGCUGCGCUCCACGUCCACCGUCACCCUGCUGUCGCCUGGCAGCUCCAGGUCGCCCGGGACGCCCAGCAGGAGGGCGAAUGUCUGCAGACUGCGGCUGACCGUGCCUCCCGAGAGUCCAGCGCCUGAACAGAGUGAGAAGAAAAAGAUUGAGAGGAAGGAGCAGCCCCCUGAACUAAGCAAUGGAGAACCUACCAGGAAACUUCCUCAAGGUGUUGUUUACGGUGUGGUGCGAAGAUCAGAUCCAAAUCAGCAGAAGGAGAUGGUGGUGUAUGGGUGGUCCACCAAUCAGCUGAAAGAAGAGAUGAACUAUAUCAAAGAUGUGAGGGCCACCUUGGAGAAAGUACGGAAGCGGAUGUAUGGAGACUACGAUGAAAUGAGGCAGAAGAUCCGGCAGCUCACCCAGGAACUGUCUGUUUCCAGUGCUCAGAAGGACUAUCUAGAGGGUCACAUCCAAACCCAGUCAGCAGCCCUGGAUAGCUUCAAUGCCAUGAACUCCACUUUGGCGUCAGACUCCAUCGGCCUGCAGAAAACCCUUGUGGAUGUCACUUUGGAAAAUAGCAACAUUAAGGAUCAGAUCAGAAAUCUGCAGCAGACCUAUGAAGCGUCCAUGGACAAGCUGAGGGAGAAGCAGAGGCAGCUGGAGGUGGCUCAGGUCGAAAACCAGCUGCUGAAGAUGAAGGUGGAAUCGUCCCAGGAAGCGAAUGCCGAGGUGAUGAGAGAGAUGACCAAGAAACUGUACAGCCAGUACGAGGAGCGGCUGCAGGAGGAGCAGAGGAAGCACAGCGCCGAGAAGGAGGCGCUCCUGGAAGAAACCAACAGUUUUCUGAAAGCGAUUGAAGAGGCCAAUAAGAAGAUGGAGGCCGCCGAGAUCAGCCUGGAGGAGAAGGACCAGAGGAUUGGGGAGCUGGACAGACUCAUUGAGCGCAUGGAGAAGGAACGACAUCAGCUUCAACUCCAACUGUUAGAACAUGAAACAGAGAUGUCAGGCGAAGUCGCUGAUUCUGACAAGGAAAGGUAUCAGCGGCUGGAGGAGGCGUCGGCCAGCCUCCGCGAGCGCAUCAGACACCUGGAUGACAUGGUACAUUGCCAGCAGAAGAAAGUCAAACAGAUGGUUGAGGAGAUUGAAUCAUUAAAGAAAAAGGUGCAACAGAAACAGCUGCUAAUCUUACAGCUUUUAGAGAAGAUCUCCUUCCUGGAAGGAGAGAAUAAUGAACUGCAAAGCAGACUGGACUACUUGACUGAAACUCAGCCCAAGACUGAAGUGGAAACCAGAGAAAUUGGAGUAGGCUGUGAUCUUUUACCCAGCCAAGCAGGUAGGACUCGUGAAAUCGUGAUGCCUUCUAGAAACUACACCCCUUACACAAGAGUCUUGGAGUUAACAACGAAGAAAACACUGACUUAGGCACUUGGAGACGCGAGCUUCUUACAGAUGUGCAAAGGCCCUGGAUCCCUGAGGCUUAGAUUCAAAAAAGGGAGGCUGUUGUUUCCUCAUCCUCACAGGGAAAGCCAGAGUGGGUGUCUGCUUCUAAGACACAGAGGGGACAGGCAAGAGUGAGGUCCACUUGGUUACAUUUCAUGCACCCAACCUCCUACUUUGUCAUUUGUUUUCCAUGUGGACACCGACUUCACUAUUUAUUUUCUGUUUUGCUAGAUUUUGGUUGUGAGGGAAAAGGGCAUUCAUUUGAGAUUUCAUGUUAUUCACACCAGGAUGGUUUGUUACAGCAUGAAGGUUUUGUAUACCCAUAAAAGUAUUAGAUGUCGUGUUUCUCUGACAGAGAUGCCUGUCUUAGAGAGACAUGGGCACCUGGUAAAACUUGAACCUGGAGGGGCGGGGGGUGGUCCCCAGCACACAGUCGCAAGGAUUCCUUGCAGGGCUGUGGGAGGAGCCAUGGUUAGAGAUUGUGUGGGCCAGACAAGCUUUGUUCUAAUAUGCUAAUCCCUUGUUUUCAUUUUUACCUAAUACCUUUAUUGGACCAGCUGAAAUCACUCUAUUUAUUCAAGCUGUGAUUUUGUUUUUCUUUUUCACUUUAACUUAAAAAAAAUUUUGUAUGUUGUGGAAAUUAAUCAUUUAAUGUUUUCAGUAUCAACUGAUAUUUUUGUUAAAUGAAUGAGUAAUCUGUGCAUGCUCGAGUUUGAUAUUAUAACCUAUAUUGCAUAUGU